AUGAAGCUCACCCCGAUAAAGGUCAAAGGCAAGGGAAGCCAAAAGAACCCAUGGAAGCCACCAAGUUUAACACACGUUGCGAAGCGAAAGCGGGAUGAUGACGAGAAAUGCGACAACAGGGGGUAUGAGUUGCGCCGCAUGCGGUUCAAGUCCAAGAAGCCGGCAGCUCCCAUCGAGGAGCUACCGACAGAAAUUCUCGAGCGCAUCAUACUGAUGUCCCGGAAUCUCAAUUUCUUGCGGAGCAGCCUCCGGAUCGGAUACCGCUUCUCAUCCGCCACCUUUUUGACUGAGCUGUUGGAGGCUGCCUUUGCUCCUACCUGGGAUAUACGGUAUGGUCUCAGUAUCCCAACAUCCACUAUGUUGGAUAUGCCGGGUGGCCACUGGACCAUCCCAGAGUUCCUUAUUCCAGGCGACCCUGAUUUUCAGUGGUGGGACACAAAGCUGAUGUUCAGGGAACUGCAGAGUGCCGUCCUUGCUGGCAAAUGGGCCAACACGACCAACAUUCUUGAGGCACAGAAGAAAUGGUAUCGAAGGCGUGGCGGCCCCAGACGGCUGCACGAGCACCUUGAACCAUCACACCACCUCCCAAUAGCUCAGCAUUCAGUGGCUGCUCCCAACGGCGCAACAGACGCAACAGACGUGGUCGUCAUCUUCGAAAGGGAUUGGGAGACCUUCAAGCGGGGCUGUGCUCACCUAUUGUCCAAGGACCGUGGCUUGACUGCGUCAUGCGACAUUCAUGCGACUGGGUCCCUCGCAAAGGCGGAAUACCUGGACCUACACCCCUCGAUCACGAUUCCGCAACGUCUCCUGGCAGGUCCUUUCGACUGGGAGACAGCCAGGACGUGCUUCUGGCUCGUUCACGGAGGGGCUCAUCUGUCCAGCGUGCACAUGUGGUCCUGGGAGGUGAGAUUUAUCUCCUCCCCUUUUUAAUGUUCUGCCUGUGUUGAUCACCGUUCGUUCCUAGUGGACAAAGCGAGGUUAUGACCACAUCAUGACCCUUCAAGAUAAGGACCUUGCUCUCACAUUGCUCCUGCUCUUGAACGAAC